AAAAUUUUUGUCCUUCUUGCGAAACAAACAGGGAAGCUUUUAUCAUAAUAACUGCAUUUAAAAACAGUUACGAUGCUUAGGGGAGGGGCUCAGCGUGGGGCUGCGAUUGUCGGCUCAAAGAUGAACAAUGUCGUAAAUAGUUCUCAGCAGUCUCGUAGCAAAGUGCUAACAGUUGAAAACAUGAACCCGCAUGUUAAAGUGAUGGAGUAUGCCGUCAGAGGACCUAUUGUCGCAAGGGCUACCGAUAUUGAAAAGGAAAUCAAAGCAGGCGUAGAGAAACCAUUUACAGAAGUGAUAAAGGCUAAUAUAGGAGAUUGCCAUGCUACUGGGCAGAAUCCAAUAACAUUCAUAAGACAGGUAGUAGCCUUGUGUACAUAUCCAGACAUACUCAUGGACAAUAAAGAAUUCCCAAGUGAUGCUAAAGAAAGGGCAAAGAGAAUUCUAGCUGGCUGCAAGGGAGGAAGUAUAGGUGCCUAUAGUGACAGUACUGGUGUAGAGGUCAUAAGACAAGAUAUAGCUGCUUACAUAACACAAAGAGAUGGUGGGGUACCAAGUGACCCUAACAAUAUAUUCCUUAGUACUGGCGCCAGUGAUGCAAUUAAGAGUGUAUUAAAGCUAAUGAUGACUGGCAAAGGAGGCAAUGAAAAGGCUGGUGUUAUGAUUCCUAUACCACAAUACCCUCUUUAUAGUGCAACAGUGGCUGAGUACAAUGCCCACCAGGUUAGUUACUAUUUGGAUGAAGACAAUGGAUGGGCGUUGAGUAUAGAAGAAUUAAAGCGUAGUCUGAAUGAAGCCAAGGACCAAUGUAUACCCAAAGUUCUUUGUGUAAUAAAUCCAGGGAAUCCAACAGGGCAAGUUCUAACCAGGGCUAACAUGGAGGCUAUCAUAAAGUUCGCCUAUGAAGAAAACCUUUUCAUCAUGGCAGAUGAGGUUUACCAACACAAUAUUUACGCUGAAGGAUCUGAGUGGUUCUCCUUUAAGAAAGUCCUGAUAGAAAUGGGUGCACCAUAUAAUGAAAUGGAACUUGCAUCAUUUAUGUCAACAUCAAAGGGUUACAUGGGAGAAUGUGGCUACAGAGGUGGCUAUUGUGAACUGACCAACUUGGAUCCCGGGGUUAUGGCGCAGCUAAAAAAGUAUAUAUCGGCUAAAUUAUGUCCCCCGAUAUCAGGCCAGGUUGCCAUGGAUGUUGUUGUGAACCCCCCUACACCAGGAGAACCAUCUUACAACCAGUUUGUACAGGAAAAGAUGCAUGUACUAAGCCAGCUGAAUGAGAAAGCCAAACUUGUGACAAAGUUGUUCAACUCAAUACCAGGGAUGUCAUGUAAUGAGGUACAGGGUGCUAUGUAUUCGUUUCCGAGGAUAGAUCUCCCAGCAAAGGCUAUAGAGGCUGCAAAGGCCGAUGGCAAAUCACCUGAUGCAUUCUAUUGUUUUGCACUGUUAGAAGAGACAGGAAUCUGUGUCGUACCUGGGAGUGGAUUUGGACAGAAAUCUGGAACUUUUCACUUCAGAAUGACCAUCCUUCCACCAUUAGAAAAGUUGAGGGCUGUCUUGGAAAAAUUCAAGAUUUUCCACAAAAACUUCAUCCAGAAAUACAGCUAGAUGGUAAACUUGUGUGAAACAUUGAUGAACUCAAAGUCUGAUAUUACACCAUCAUUGAUAGUUCAUAACUAUAAAAUGAAAAAGAUUGGAUAAGUAUGAACAGAAAUAGUCAUAACUGACUAAAAAACAUUACGUGGCUUUCAUAUUGAAUUGACGCUGAUGGUAGCAAUGGAAGUCAUGGCUGACGAUAAAAAACUGACUUUGAUUUUUCAUUCGAAAUGAAAAAUGAAGCAGAAUAGUCCUAUCUUAUUUUAAAGAGAGAAUCAGAUCUAGC